AUAUGUUUGCAUACAUGGGUAUAUACAUAUAUCCUGAAGCUCAGGCCCCAACCCAGAUGGAUCGAAUCAGAAUUUUGGUGAUUGGUACCCAUAUCUGGAUUAAAACUAAAACUUCCUAGGUGAUUUCAGUGUGCAGCCAAAUUUGAGAACCAGUGCCUUCCGUAAUUAGUGUUCACCUGAAUCACCUAUACGGCGCGUGUGAAACUGAUUCCUGGACGGACUUCCGGAGACAGGGACCCGGUUCGCGAUGCGCCCGGCGGACGCCCUCCACGCUCCUCACGCCCCUCACGCCCCCGCGGGCCCCGUGCGGCCCCAGGUGCGGGCGAUGAAAGGCCCGGCGGCCGGCGGGCCUGCAGGCCGCCAUGGACCCUGCGCCCGCCCUCCUGCGUGCCCCGCAGGCCGAGGUGCUGGAGGACGUGCUGCGGGAGCAGUUCGGGCCGCUGCCUCAGCUGGCCGCCAUCUGCCGCCUCAAGCGGCUGCCCUCGGGCGGCUACUCUUCCACCGAGGACCUCCAGCUGGUGCUGGAGCGGCGGCGCGUGGCCAACGCCAAGGAGCGCGAGCGGAUAAAAAAUCUCAACCGUGGUUUUGCCAAACUGAAGGCACUUGUGCCAUUUCUCCCCCAAAGCAGGAAGCCUAGCAAAGUUGAUAUUCUGAAAGGUGCAACUGAGUACAUACAAGUUCUCAGUGAUGUUUUGGAAGGAGCCAAAGACUCUGAGAAACAAGAUCCAGAUCACCAGAACUAUAGCAGCAAUAUUUCUGAACCACAUAUAUCCUUGGCCAGAGAGCUAUCGAGACACAUCACCCAACAUGCCAGCUGUGCUGUGGGCUUGAAGAAUGAGGAAGAAGGGCCCUGGGCAGAUGGUAGCAGUGGAUAGAUUCUCAGAAGUAGAACUCCUGAGCCACAGGUGCCAAGUAUGAAAAGUGACAAGGCUGGCCCAGGGCUACUUUGUAGAGACCAAUAAAUGCA